AUGGAAAAACACAAUCUCACCCUGGUGCAUGAGUUCAUUCUGAUGGGCAUCACCUCACGCCCUGAACUGCAGGCUCCCUUUUUUGGGCUGUUCCUCAUCAUCUUUGUGGUCACAGUGCUGGGCAACUUGGGCAUGAUCAUCCUCACCAAGGUGGACCACAGCCUUCAAACACCCAUGUACUUUUUUCUCAGACACCUGGCUCUCACUGAUCUUGGUUAUUCUACAGUUGUGGGCCCCAAAAUGUUAGUAAAUUUUGUUGUGGAUGAGAAUACAACCUCCUAUUUUUUGUGUGCCACACAGCUAGCUUUCUUUCUUGUGUUCAUCAUUUGUGAACUUUUUAUUCUGUCUGCAAUGGCCUAUGACCGCUAUGUGGCCAUCUGCAACCCACUGCUCUACACUGUCAUCAUGUCACAAAGACUAUGUCAUGUGCUGGUAGCAAUUCCUUAUCUCUACAGCAUAUUUAUUUCUCUUCUAAUCACCAUAAAAAUUUUUAAUUUACCCUUUUGUGGCAACAAGAUUAUAAGUCAUUUCUGUGACAGUCUCCCCUUGAUAUCUUUGUUGUGCUCAAAUACACAUGAAAUUGAAUUAAUCAUUUUGAUUUCAGCUGGGUUUAAUCUGGUUUCAUCCCUUGUGAUACUCCUAUUUUCUUACCUCCUCAUCCUUGUAGCCAUUUUCAGGAUGAACUCUGCUGAAGGAAGGCACAAAGCUUUAUCUACUUGUGGAUCCCAUCUGACGGUAGUCAUAGUGUUCUAUGGGACUUUGAUAUUUAUGUAUGUGCAGCCCAAAUCCAGUCACUCCUUUGAUACUGAUAAAGUAGCUUCCAUAUUUUAUACAUUGAUCAUCCCCAUGUUGAACCCCUUGAUCUAUAGCUUUCGGAACAAAGAUGUAAAAUACGCCCUUGAAAGGAUAUGGAAAAACUUAUGCAAUGUUGUUUCUUAA